AAGCAUUUUGAAAUCUUGUUUCAAUUAACGACUCUUUUUAACCACUGAUCAGUUUGCCUAGUUUGGUUUCUGAUUUGCAUCUGUAGUAGUAUUCAGUAAAACAAAGAGGAAAAAAAUGGGUGUGGGUAUAUCAAUCUUGGUGGGAAUUCAAGCAACAGUACUGUUCAUCUUCUUUUCAUACCUUAGAAUCCUUGGUUUCACUUUGUUAUCAAUACCUUUCUUGUAUGGUUCAUUGAUUUGUUUACUUGUAUCUUUAGCUUCUCACCCAUCUAUCAAUCUUCCUAUGCUUUUAGGCAAAAACCCAGAUGGGAGUAUCCCAAUUUGGUCAAUUAUCAUGUUCAGUCCGUACUUGGUUUUGGUUAGAAUCUUUUCAAUCCUGCGCAGAUUGACCAGUGGUGAGGAGCCUUACCAUGAGAUUUGUGAGGGUGUGUAUGUCGGUGGGUGGCCUUAUUCACCUGAGAAAUUGCCUCCUGGUGACCCUGCUAUUAUAGAUUGUACUUGUGAACUUCCCAGAAAAUCGGAGUUCAAAGGGCAUCCUUAUUUGUGUAUCCCAACUUGGGAUACAAGGGCACCUCAGCCAGGGGAUAUCGAAUCAGCUGUGAAGUGGGCUUGCCGGAAGAGAGCACAGAAUCGGCCAGUUUUCAUCCACUGUGCAUAUGGUCAUGGAAGGAGUGUUGCUGUGACAUGUGCAUUGUUAGUGGCUCUAGGUAUGGUGGAAGAUUGGAAAAUGGCCGAGAAGUUCAUCAAAGAAAAGCGACCUUAUAUUCAGAUGAAUGCUCUCCACCGUGAAGCCUUGGAAGAAUGGUCGAAAAACCGGCUAUCUUCUCCCAGCCUUCGAGGAGGAAUGAAGUAGUGAAUAUUUCUCCCAAGCCCUAGGUCACCCACAUAGAGUGACUGUUUAGCUUCAUCACCCAUCCAGAAGGAGUGCCGGCUGCCGAUUGACCAUUCCCCAGAGUCUGGUCACCAGAGGAGCAGUGCAUGCGCAUCACACGCCCUUUCUAUCUAGAUGCUGUCAACCCACACGCCGGCGUGUGAGCCACCUUCUGAUGACCUUUUUCACUCCAGCCUCUUUGUUCUUGUUUGAAUCAUCGAGGGUAGUCCAUUCCAGUACGCUGCUGCCCUGUUUUUUGAGUAUUU